AUGAGCCUCAUAAAUCAUAAGAAAAUUCAUAGAAAGUAUUAUCAAGUUGAAGAUAAAACUGAUACUAGCUUUUCCACCAAUAUAGAUGAAAGUACGGAUAAUGAUAUUUCUAAUGAACCAGAUAUCAUAAGCAAACAAAAUAAUAAAAAGAAUAUUAUUGUCAAUUGCAAUUCAAUAUAUAAGAAUCAAGAUAGUGCUAAUAAGUCAUAUCCAGUAUUUGAUGCACAAAAAAUUAAGUUGGAUCUUACAUGCGAUGAUCAAGAGACCACUGAUGAAUCUGAUUCAAUGUUUGAUGAUCAAGAGACUAUUAAUGAAUCUGAUUCAAUAGUCGAAAAUAGAGAGAAUAUCAAUAAAUCUGAUUUAAUAUUAAAUAACCAAGAGACUUCCAAUGAAACUAAUUCAAUAUUUGAUAAUUACAAGACUAAAAAUGAAUUGAAUUCAAUAUUUGAUAAUGAUGAAGAGAAUGCUAAUGAUUUAAACGAAAUAUUUGAAGAGGAUAUAUUAGAAGAUUCUAAGGAGACCGAGGAUGAACUCUGGAGCAAUGAUAGUAAACACGAUAAUAUAGACUUCUCUAAUGUUGAAAGUCUUCAUUUCUUGGAUACUUUAAAGAAAAAUCGUGUAAAAUUUUCUUCCACUCCUGUUGCACAA